GUUUCAUGGAAUUUAAUGGAGUAUGACUGAGGUUUUGUGCUCCUAGUGAAGCAGCAGUUCCCCUGUGGGUCAUGCAGCGCGGUCAGGCUGUGCGGCGGCGCCGGGCAGGUCGGUCAGACACACACAAGCCGAAGAUGAGACGCUCGGCCUCGGGUGAGCCCGCCACGCCACACGGAACUGGAAAACCUGACAAAGUGGGCAAAUCGAGCAAGGUGGGCACCGGGCAGUGCCGCCUGUGCCACGGGCAGUUCUCCUCACGCCGGCUUCGCAGGGCCUUCGGAAAGCCCCCGGACUCGGACCGGUUCUGUUCAGAUUUCCAGCGCCUCCUGGGCGUCCCGCUGCUCCGGGACCCGGCGCUGCCCCAGUUCAUCUGCAGGACCUGCCAUGCCCAGUUCUACAAGUGCCUCAGCAUCCUCACCAACUUCAGAGAGAGAGUCAACCUCACCCCUAACUCCACCCACAUGGAGAGGAUUUCAUCAAAAUGGCCUUCAAUGAAAAAAGACAAGAACCGGUCAUCACCCCUUAUCACCUCAGACCCCCGCUGUCUGCGCAGCCUUGUGUCCUGGACCCAUCAGCAUGCUGAGAGCUGCAGCUCUUGCCCUGGCCUGAAGGAGGUGCUGGAGGGUCAGUGCUGGGGCUCGGUGAAGGCAGUGUGGCGCUGUGUGGACGGACACAGUUAUGUGAUGGACACCGGCAUGGGUGUUCAGCAUGCAGGUGGUAUUACAUCACUCAUUCAGGCUCCGCCCACAGAUCAGUCUGAGGACAGUGAUUUGUCAGACAGCAGUCUCUCCAGUGAUGAUGACAACGAUGAAGAUGACGACAACGAUGAUGACGAUGAUGAUGACGACGACGACGAUGAUGAUGACGACGACGACGACGAUGAUGAGAAGGGUAAGAUCAGUACAUCAGAUGAGAGUACUGAUCUUUACUCCGAUAAACGACUAAGCUCCUCUAAGAAAGCCGGUAAGGACAGUGUAAAAAAAACAGUAAAGCUGAAGAUCCUGCAGCCCAAAGAGAGGAAAAAGCCUGGACCCAAACCCGGCUGGAAGAGGAAGCUGAAAUCAGAGCGAGAGGAUCUUCCCACCGUCUAUAAAUGCCCACACCAGGGCUGCACGGCUGUGUACAGGGGGCCAGACGGUAUGAAGAAGCAUAUAAAGGAACAUCAUGAAGAGGUCAGAGAGAGGCCAUGUCCACACCCAGGCUGCAACAAGGUUUUCAUGAUCGACCGUUACCUCCAGAGACACGUCAAACUCAUCCACACAGAGGUGAGAAACUACGUCUGUGAUCAGUGCGGUCAGACGUUUAAGCAGAGGAAGCAUCUUUUGGUACAUCAGAUGAGACACACCGGACUCAAACCACUGCAGUGUGAGGUGUGUGGGUUCCAGUGCCGCCAGCGGGCGUCUCUGAAGUACCACAUGACGAAGCACAAGGCAGAGGCCGACCUGGAGUUUGCGUGCGCUCUGUGCCGAAAACGCUUUGAAAAGGCCCAUAACCUCAACGUCCACAUGAGCAUGGUGCACCCGCUGCUACAAGGGGGUGGAAUCAUGCUGCCCCCUGACCACGAUGACCUCACAGCGCAUGGGGGUGGCGUCACCCUUCCCCCAGACACCGACAGCCAUGAUGACCUAGCUGGGCAAGGGGGCGUGAUCACGCUGCCCCCUGAAAGCCAUGACCCCAGUGACCUCCCUAGAGAGGAGUGUGAGAUCACGCUGCCACCCGACAGCCACGACCCUGAAGACAUCCCUGGGGAAGGGGGUGGGAUCACAUUGCCCCCCAACAACGCUGAGCCCGGCGACCUCGAGGCCCAGGAGGGUGAGAUCACACUGCCCCCUGACCCCAACAACCAUAACAGCCCUGGUGACUUGCCCACACAGGAGGGCGGGAUAGUGCUGCCAGAAAAUCAUGAUCCUGGAGACCCCGGCGACCUCACAGCCCAGGAAGAUGAGGUCACCAUACCUGCUGACCCCAACAACCAUGACCCUGUCCAUUCUGGUGACCUCGACACUGAAGCGGAUGGACUCAUGCUGCCACCUGUUCCUGACAACCACAGCCACGACCCUGGCAGCCAAACCCACACGGAGACUGCAGACAUGAGCUGUGAGCUGCAGACCAUCCACACUGACCUCAUACAGCCAGCUCUGUAGAGCACAUGUUUCCAUGGUUACAGGACUGGAGCUCUGACUCAGCAGCCUGAAACGACCCGUCGAGAGACUCAGCCGUGAGGCUUACUGUUUGUUUUACUGCAUUUAAUACAAGCGUCAAAGAGUGUCAUUUAGCUCCGAGAGGUUUUGAUGAUAUUGUUUGUUUGGUUCUGCAAAAGUUUUGGAAAAUACAGUUCUGUCACUGUU